GUGUAUUUUCAAUACUUUCUCGUCAUCUUUUCACAAACGUCAAACAGCUGAGCGAGCGAAGUGUCUGAAUGCUUCUCGUUUUGUGGUUGUGGCUCGUUCCUUGUAAUCAUCUGCUUUUCUGAGUAUUAAUUUUUUUAAUAAUAGUGCAUUCAUUAAGUUACAAUCAUUAUUUAAAAACUUAAUUAAAUCAUGAGUGAACUAAGUCAAGAGGAGAUAAGAAGACGACGUCUAGCACGUUUGGCUGCUCUGGGUGGCGCAGGCUCAAGUCCAUUGCCUGCGAGUCCUCCAGUUACACCUAGUGCGUCCAUGCCUUCACCAGAUUUGCAGAUAUCUCAACUAUCACGCCUCUCGCCUGCUUCCACUCCACGCACUUCCACAGAACCUAACACACCUGAAGUAGCAAACACAAACAAAGAAACAAAUUAUAAUGAUGGUGUCAGUAAAACUGAAGUCACAAAUCAGACCAAAAUUCCUGCUGAUGGACUUAUUGUAAUGGAAAAGACAGACAAUAACUUAUUGGACGAAAUGCCAGAUACGAAAAUGACUGAUCUAUCUCAAACAAGACAGUAUAAUAGUUUUGAUUCAAUGGGAGAGGAUACAUUACUAAGUUGUGGCUCUGUAAGAGUUAGCAGUCUGCCUCAAUCAACAGUUGCUGGCUCAGAAGGAACUUCAACACGCGAAGACAGUACUUCUAGGUCAAUAUCUCCAGCACAGUUUGUAGAACCUUCUCCUGUGAGACCGAGACCCAGCAAUGUAUCUCCUAGUUGUUCAAGACGAUCGCUUUCGAUGGAAGUUGAUGAUUCAUCUGAAAGAAAUUCCCAGUCAGAACAACAACAGGAACCCAUGGAAGUAGAAGAUGAUUCAUCAGCAUCACCUGCUAGGAAGAUAUAUAGAUCUCGUACAGUCAGCUGUACAGAAUUGACUGAAGAACAGUUGCGGCAUAUUGUCGCCAGAAUUCUCCAGGUGUCAUGGUCAGAGGACAGCGCUGGUGGAAUAUUUGUACCAUCAGUCGCAGCUGCUUUACUUGACAACCCUAAAUUAGGUUUAGAUGAAUUGGCAUCAGAAGCAGUAAUGGAUAUAAUAACACUAGUAGCUGAUGGAGUAGAUCCGCUAAAUCAAAAACUUCUUGCCGUUUCGGAAACCUCCAAGAGGCUCAGUGAAGAUUGUGGAGAUGAUUUAUUGACAAGUGGUCCACUCGGAUCCGACAUGGACGCUGAUGGGUCGGAUUGUCCGACGCCAUCAUUGCCACUGCCUAAAACAGUUCCAACUCAGGCCCUCGCUGUUAGUUACCUGCUAAGAUUCUACAAUAAUAUCAACCUUUACGAAAGGGAAUAUCCGAAGAAAAGUUCAGAGCCACCUUUGAGUGAUCUCUUGCAAAGUUUGAGGACAUUGUUUGUGAAUCAUUUGGUGCUAGUGCUUCAAGGUAAAUUUGAUCUUGAGAAAUCUAAGAAGUCACCUCUGUUGCCGUACAUUUUGAACGGUAAUACGCCAUCUGGUCUGAUACCAGAAAUUCUUUUGGCUACAUAUCUGGAAAAGGAUGUUUUUGAAGAGGUGUUCGUGCCUCUUUUGAUGGGUAUUCGCGAAGAAAUGCGUCGUUGUGUCUCUCCGACAGUAGGGCGCGGGCACGGCGUAGCGCUGCGAGCGCUGCGGUCUUUAUGCGACCUCCGCGCUGGGCCCGGCCACUUGGCUCGGCCCGUGUGCGCACUCAUCGCCCGCCUGCCCAGUUUCUGUCCCGACCCGGUUACAACCGCGCCCGGACGUGAAAUUGCGCGAGUCAGCUUCCUCGGUCCGUUCUUCGCGAUAUCCCUGUUCGCCGAAGAGAACCCACGCCUCGCAGAACGUCUGUUCGCCACCGGCUCUGGAGACCGCAGCCUGGCGUUCGCCUUACAACGCGAGGUGGAAGCAAGCCGGAACACGCUGCACCACAUCUGCCAUAAUAUACUGCUGUGCCCUGAAGCGCGAGACCCCUUCCUCAACUACUUCGCCGCUGUCUUGCAGCGGAACGGGCGCCGCGCGCAACUCCAGACCGACGAGAGGUCGCUGGCUGGUGAUGGCUUCAUGCUGAACGUGUGUUCGGUGCUGCAGCUGUUGUCGGUGCGCAUUAAGCUGGAGCGCGUGUACCCGCUGUACACGUUCCAGCCGGAGUCGUGCGCGGGCGUGCGCGACGAGACCUGCCUCUACUACACCGCGCAGGAGGCGCAGGACUGGCUCGACUCGCUCAAUAAAGACCCCAAUCACAAAUGGCCAGAGGCCAAGUUCCAGACUGUUUGUUGGUUCCUAACACUCCACAUGCAUCACGUAGCUCUCAUUCCUGCAUUGCAUACGCAUCAGCGUCGUAUAAGGGCAUUUCGAGAUCUCCAGAAAGUGAUAGAAGAGUUGAUGGCCGCUGAGCCCCAGUGGCGGAACACGUUCUCCGCGCUGCGCAACCGCGAGCUACUGUCCCGGUGGCGUCGCCAAAUCAAGCGGCUACACAGGUCUAAGCAGUGCGCAGAGACUGCUCUACUGGACGGCGAGCUAAUGCGUCGCAGCGUACAGUUCUGCGCGUCCGCGUGCGCCCUCCUCACGAGACAACUGCAAGCUUGUGAGGGCUCCGGGCCCCUCUCGCACGCCUUCAAGGCCACGCCCGAGUGGUACGUGGAGGAUGUCGCCGAGCUGAUGCUGUUCGCCGUCCAAUACGUCCCCCAAAUAGUGGCGGACUAUAUAGAGGACCCCAUAAUAACGUGGUUACUCAGCGCCAUAUGCAACUCGCACCUAAUCAAAAACCCGUAUCUAGUCGCCAAGAUAGUGGAGGUGUUGUUCGUGAUCAACCUAUCAGUGCCGCUUAAACUGAAGAACGUAUACGAGAAGUUCAUGGACCACCCGAUGUCACAGACGGCACUGCCUAGCGCUUUGAUGAAGUUCUACACUGACAUCGAAACGACUGGUCAGAGCACAGAGUUCUAUGACAAGUUCACGAUACGCUUCCACAUUAGUAUCAUACUGAAGGGGAUGUGGGAGCGGCCUAUACACAAACAGGCAAUUGUGAAAGAAUCACGUUCAGGUCGGCAGUUUGUUAAAUUUAUCAACAUGCUCAUGAAUGACACCACAUUCCUCUUAGACGAAUGCCUUACGUAUUUGAAGCGCAUCCACGAGGCCCAGGAGGGCACGGGGGCGGGCGCGGGGACGGGGACGGCAGAGGCGCGCGCCCGGGCGCUGGCGCAGGACGAGCGCCAGUGCCGCUCCUACCUCACGCUAGCCAGAGAGACUGUGGACAUGCUGGAAUACCUGACGGUGGAGAUCAAGGAGCCGUUCCUGCGAGCUGAGCUAGUGGAUCGGCUCGCUUCCAUGCUCAAUUUCAAUCUGCAACAAUUGUGCGGACCUAAAUGCAAGAAUCUCAAGGUGCGACGACCCGAGAAAUACGGCUGGGAGCCUCGCCGUCUGCUGAGCCAGCUCGUGGACAUCUACCUGCACCUGGACGCGCCGCAGUUCCACGCCGCGCUCGCCGCAGACGAGAGGUCAUUCCGCAAAGAGUUGUUCGAGGAGGCGGCAGUACGCUUGGCUAAGUCCUGCAUCAAGACACCCUCGGAAAUAGAGCGGUUUAAGACGCUCGCCGACAAUGCAUAUCAGAUCGCUGUAUCCAACCAGCAGAAGAGUGAUGAAUUCGCCGACGCGCCCGAGGAAUUCAGGGACCCGCUCAUGGACACGCUAAUGACGGACCCUGUGUUCCUGCCCUCUGGAAAGGUAAUGGACCGGUCAGUGAUCCUGCGGCACUUGCUCAACAGCGCCACCGAUCCCUUCAAUCGACAACCGCUCUCGGAGGAUCAGCUGCGUCCCGCAACCGAGCUCAAAGAAAAGAUCAUCCAAUGGCAACGCGAAAAGAAGGGAUCCAUUUCGUAAACAAUGUAGGAAUUUGACUUGCAUUGUCUUUAAAGUCUGAUGUAUAUAUUUUAACACAUAUAUAAAGACUAAAGUCUGGAUAUAUCCAGGAUUUUACGGACUAUUGUCCGGACGCAUGAAUGUGAGAUUAUUCUAAGUUUGUUACGCGUAGUGCGAAAGGUUUGUGCAAUUGAGUACUAGGACGAAACGUUGGCGAGACUAUAUCAUGAGUCCAUAUAUCUCCUGUGCGUGUUAAUAUACAAAGAGCCGCAUAGUGACAAAGGCCUGCCGAUCCGCCUUACUAUACAUAUUAUGCAAUUAUUAUCAUACUACUGUCACUCCCAUUUGUUAUACGAUUUAUUGCAUAAUUAUUCACUUGAUUUGGCAGCAAUUUUAAUUUACUGAAGUACCUAAACCUUAUUAAAAACGGGGGCCUGCAAAAAGCUAAUCUCAUUUAGAAAACUUCCGAGUUAUAAUAAUACAAGGAUAGUAUAAACAAGAACACAUUAAUAUUAUUCUAAAAGGUGUUUUACUUCCUUUUGCAAAUUUUGUUGUAUCUUUUCAACCUAUUUUAUCACACUUAUAUUAAAACACUGUGUGUCAUCACAAAAAAUAUAAAUGGCCUAACAGUUUAAGUUGUAUCAGGUGCUUGUCAUGAACGCUAACCCCAAUGUCUUUGAAUAAAUAAAUCUAAAAGAUAAAGACAUAUAAAAUAAGCAUGAAGGACGUAAUCUUCUCGCAUAAAAAAGUCUAUUGCAAAUUUUGCAGGAAAGUCAUGUCAGUUAUAAAUACAUAAUUAUAUAUAUUAAUAGGCCUGCAUUAAUUUGACUAAUGAAAUGAUAAUAACUUAAUAUUAAACCCAUUCUUUGGAAAUGAUAAAUUUAAUGUUGGAGAUGAUAAUAUUUUAUUUUUGUAGUGAUAUUAUGUUUAGUUUUUUUUUAGCCAACUUUAAUAAAAUACUUUAUUGUCGAUUAUGUGAUUUUGUUCCUGUCUACAUUAGUUUUCAAUGAAAUGGAUUUCCAUGUUAUCAAUGUGAUUAGAAUUCAUAAUAUCAAUAGCGUAAACACUAUAAUUAUUGUAUAAUUAAUAUCUCAGUUGUAUUAAAUAAAUAUCGUUUAUAAUUGUUGUCCCAUCACUGCCAAAUCUGUCAGCAUUGUAGUAAAGCCAUUCCUAAUUAAGUCCAUUUCUUUAAAAUUACGUGGUCUCACUUAUAUAGUAUAAUUUGACUUGUAUUUAUCUUUAUAUUAUGAAGAUUAUAUGCUAGAAGUCUCUUAUGUUAAUAUGUCAAUAAAGUAAUAAUAAUUAAACUUUUUUUUAUUUA